AUGUGGUCUGCUAACCCGUCGUGGUUGGACGACGGCUUCCGAUGUCGCUACGAUGGAUGCCUCUCCAGCAGCGCCAUUGGCCACGCGGCCGAUGCUGGCCACGAGGGAAUCAAGGGCGUAAACCCGCCACCAUAUCUCCGGCCACAAGAGGGGGAGAGUGAGUCUGAUCGGGGCAAAGUCGUUCCCUUGGAAGCGGCUGUCGCUGCUCAGCAUUGCUGUCCUGUCGUGCACUGUCCACAGCAGGUGCUGCAGCUGCACUUGCGCAAGCCAGAGCCACAAGCCACAAGCAAGUGCAAGAGCCAAGGCCAAGCGAGGGCAGGCUCUCGUGACUUGGCUUCAAGACGCACCUGCCAAUCGCCAUGUCCUACGUGCAAGUACCUACUGGUACAAGUUCAGCAGAAGCGGUGA